UCAUCGCGGAGGAGAAAAAAAAGAAAGCCCAUCGCCUUUAUCCGCUGUUUCUUCCGCAUCUGUUCUUCUUCGUUCCACGCCGCGACCAGCGAUUCCCCAUCGCUUCCAUCGCCAGUCGACGUCGAACAUCGCCAUCUUCCCCUUCAUCACGCAGCGGCUUCGAAGGUAAGCACGGCAGUAGCAGGGGCGGGAGGCAGAGCAGCAGGGAAACAAUUCUUCUGGACUCCGAAAGAGAAUUCGGAAAUUUCAGAUCCCUAAAGGUCCAGAAUUGCAUUCGGAAUUUCUCCAACCAUCCGGCUGAAGGACCCUGAGGUUCAACCAUGGCUAUGGCGCUGGUGUCUAUAGCUCGCGGACCCAUGAGGAUGAGGAAGCUCUUACCAUUCAUUUACCGUCGUCCGGCGUCUACUAUCCCCUCUCAUUCUACCAGUUUUGGGUUUAAGGAGGUGCCUGAAGAAGAAAAGAGCAAGUUCGUUGGAAAUGUGUUCACCAGUGUUGCUUCGAACUACGAUCUCAUGAACGAUUUGAUGAGUGGGGGGCUGCACAGGCUAUGGAAGGACCAGUUUGUGUCCAAAUUGAACCCUUUUCCUGGAAUGAAGCAUCUUGAUGUUGCUGGUGGAACAGGAGAUGUUGCAUUCAGGAUUCUUGAAAAUAUCAAAUGUAUAAAACGCAGAGCACUACAAGAUAUAAUUGAUGAUAAAGUGAUGGAGGAAACCCAAAUUUUUGUAUGCGACAUCAACCCUAACAUGUUACGCGUUGGUAAGAAGCGGGCUCAGGAAAGAGGUAUUGCGAAUGACAAAUCACUCAUUUGGGUUGAGGGAGAUGCUGAAGACUUGAAAUUUGAAAACAGUUCCAUGGACGGUUACACAAUUGCCUUCGGGAUUAGGAAUGUCACACAUAUCGACAAGGUUCUUUCUGAAGCUUAUAGGGUGCUCAAGCCAGGUGGAAGAUUCCUUUGCCUUGAACUAAGCCAUGUUGAUGUGCCAAUUCUUAAAGACCUGUAUGAUUUAUAUUCAUUCUCAGUCAUUCCAGCAGUUGGUGAGAUAGUGACAGGUGAUCGUGAGUCUUAUCAGUACUUGGUUGAAAGCAUUCGCCGUUUUCCUUCACAGGAGAAGUUUGCCGGGAUGAUUGCAGAAGCAGGGUUUCAAAAUGUAGGGUAUGAGAAUCUUGUGGGAGGAGUUGUUGCAAUUCAUUCUGGGUUCAAGUUCUGAGAGUCUAAUAUUUUUGGAGACUUUUAAAUUGUUAAUACUGCAGUUUUUCAUUUGCUUUUGUCUUUUAAGGACUUUUAGAUAAAAAAGCAUUCAGCCAACUAUCAUUACUCUGUCUCGAAAUAAAAUUAAUGUUUGCAUUUUCACAAAGUUUUAAAAAAUAGUCUGUAAUUAGGUGACCAAAUAGCACCACUACCUUCCCUGGUUUGGAAAAUAAGUACCAAUAUUUUCAGUUCUUAAAACUCAUUUU